AUGUUCAUUGCACUCACUGCAACAGCAACAGCUGACACAAGAAAAGAAAUUUUUGAAGUUUUGGAUAUGAAGAAUCCUUUGAUUAUUUUGAAAAGUCCUAACAAGCCUAAUAUAUCGUAUGUUGUGCAGUACAUGCCCAAAACUGCAAAGUUGUCAGAUUAUUUUACAUGGAUUGCUAAUGAAGUUCUAUUAAGUGGAAUAAAUGUUUCCAGGACAAUCAUAUAUUGCCAGACCAUAAAACAAUGUUCCAUUCUCUAUUCUAUGUUGAAAGCAUUACUUGGUGAUAACAUAUAUGUUGAUGUCCAUAACAAAAAUGUAAAGGGAUUUAUUCUGGAAAUGCUUCAUUCUUCUACCCCUGAUUCAAAUAAACAAAACAUUUUGGAAUCAUUUCAAAGUAGUCAUGGGACUAUUCGUAUUUUGGUGGCAACUAUCUCAUUUGGAAUGGGUGUUGAUUGCAAAAAUGUUAGUUGUGUGAUACAUUUCGGACCAGCCAAAAAUGUUGAAGCAUAUAUGCAAGAAACAGGACGAGCAGGAAGAGAUGGAUCAAAGAGCAUAGUGUACCUUUUGUAUCAAAGUUUACAAUUAUUGCAUGUAGGAAAAAACAUGAAGGACUAUCUUAAGCUUAAUGAGACUGAAUGUAGAUGGAAUUUUCUCCUUCAAUUCUUUGACACUCAUUAUUCAUGGCAACACCCUCUUCAUUUGUGUUGUGACAACUGCUCAUUGCUCUGUAAAUGUGGACAAGAAGAUUGUAAAGUAUUGUCAUAUCCAGUUGAAUUAGAAGAAUUACCAAUUGUCGAGACAACAAAAAAGUGUGAAGUGUCACCUGAACAAACUAGUGAGCUCAAAUUAGAACUCCAAAAGCUCCACAAGAUGUUGUUGAUGGAUUUUCUUAAAAGAGAUGGCAGUGGAAAGUUAAAGGUGUUUAAUCAUCCGAAAUUCGUUUUCGGGUUUUCGAGUAUUCAAGUAUCUCAAGUGAUAUUGAACUUGUGUAAGAUUUUUACAGUUCGUGAUAUUUGCAAGUAUGUUGAGAUUUGGGAUUUGCGCCAUGCACACCAAAUAUGACAUUUUUGCAAAGGGUUUUUGGAGACAUGCAAGAUAAAGAUAAAUUGGAUAAUGUAUCUGAUGACUUUUCAUCUGAUGAUGAUGAGGACGAUCUUCUUCUCGAUGAUUGGGAAGACUUAGGAGUCCACGAAGAUGUGGCAAUAGACAAGUUGAGCAUUAACCAAACAAAUCUAACUGAUGAGGAUUCUGGCAAUGACACAAGUGACGUUUCAUUUGCAGUUCUUAGUGCCUUGCUGAACUCAACAUUUGAUACCAUGGUUUAG